GGGGAUCGGCGCCGGCGGCGUGGCCGCGGCCGGGCCCGUCCUCCGCCGCUCGGCGGUCACCGCCCGGGGCCGGACUGCAGCGGGCUCGCCGCCUCCCCCGCCCCGCCAGCGGAGCGAACCACUGCGGCUCUCCGAGGAGGUUGAAUCAGCCCUUGUUCUUGAGUCCUCGGUUGUGCUGCUUUGUCGGAAUUGACUGCAUGUGUUUAGAUAUUUGCCUCCAGAUCUUCUGUGGAGUAUGUUCCUGGUGAAGGGCAGUGGCCCCUGAGGAAAAACACUCCUCAAGCAGAAUCUCAGCUGUGACAAACUACUGAGAGUGGUGCCACAGAAACUAUGCAAGCAGGUUUUGCGGUCCUGGAGUAAACAUGAUGAAAACAGAGUCUUCAGGAGAAAGAUCAACCCUCCGAAGUGCCUCUCCUCACAGAAAUGCUUACAGGACUGAGUUCCAGGCGCUGAAAAGCACCUUUGAUAAACCGAAAUCAGAUGGAGACCAAAAAGCGAAAGAGGAAGGAGAGGCCUCACAGAGCAGGGGAAGGAAAUAUGGCUCAAAUGUCAAUAGGAUCAAGAACUUAUUUAUGCAGAUGGGCAUGGAGCCCACUGAAAGUACUGGAGUUGCCCCUAAAACCAGGGGGAAGGGUGGCCCUCCAUCACCUCAAAGACGAAUUAGGCCCAAAGAAUUUGUAGAAAAAGCAGAUGGUUCAAUUGUAAAAUUGGAAUCAUCUGUCUCAGAAAGGAUUAGUAGAUUUGAUACUAUCCACGAUGGUCCUUCCUAUUCCAAGUUUACUGAAACUCGGAAGAUGUUUGAGCGAAAUGCUCAUGAAAUGGGACAUUCAAAUCGCUAUUCCCCAAAGAAAGAGAAAAUCAUUUCCAAUGAGCUUCCGGAUGAGUGGUGUAGCUCCAAGUCUCACAGAGGCAGCACUGAUUCGCUGGACAGUCUUAGCCCACGGACAGAGACUGUCUCUCCAACUGUGAGUCAGCUCAGCGCAGUUUUUGAAAACACUGACUCACACAAUGCCAUCGUUGUAGAAAAGUCAGAAACCAACGAAGAGUACUCUGUAACUGGUCACUAUCCACUAAACCUCUCAUCUAGUGUCACGAAUAUCCCCUCCCCUGUUGCAAACCUUGAGGGUUUCAGUCCUCUGAAAGAGGCUAGUACAUGGUCUCCCCCAGCCAAACAGAGUACAGGCGUGAUGUCUGUUGAGAACUCUCAGCAAACUAACACGCCUUCAACACCAAGACAGAAAGUGUCUACAGGCAUUUCAACAGGUUCAAAAACAACUGAAGAAAUAAAGACGAGCACAGAGGCAAGUGCCGAUUCUGUUGAGAGCUCUGCAUCAAGUCAACAGGGUUUGGUCAGCAUGCGUGACAGGGAAAGAUCUGUGGACCGCUGUUCUAGGAGUAAGUCAAAAACAGAGGCAGGAGUUUUGGUGCAACAAAAGGAACAGUCAGAAAAUACAGAAGGUAUCUUUGAUCGAUCUGAAGCUGCAGAAUUAACAAGAAAUGUAACUUCAGAUGGUGAUUUUGCCACAGAUGCAGUUUCAGAUGCUACCGAGUCCCAUUAUGAUGAGACAAAUGAAAAAGAUGUGCAUGAAGAUGCCAUUAAUUUUCAGAGUUCCCACGUGUACAUGCACUCUGACUAUAAUGUGUAUCGGGUACGAUCCAGAUAUAAUUCUGACUGGGGAGAGACGGGUACAGAACAGGAUGAUCUAGAUGACAGUGAUGAAAAUAACUGUUAUGAACCUGAUAUGGAAUAUUCUGAAAUUAAUGGAUUGCCAGAUGAAGACGAAAUCCCAGCCAACAGAAAAAUACAGUUUAGCCGGGCUCCAAUUAAGGUUUUCAAUACAUACUCUAAUGAAGACUAUGACAGGAGAAAUGAUGAAGUUGACCCAGUUGCUGCAUCUGCUGAAUAUGAACUCGAGAAGCGUGUGGAAAAGCUGGAGCUCUUCCCAGUGGAACUAGAAAAAGAUGAAGAUGGACUUGGCAUAAGCAUUAUUGGAAUGGGAGUUGGAGCAGAUGCAGGUCUUGAAAAACUGGGAAUAUUUGUCAAAACAGUAACAGAAGGUGGGACAGCAGAAAGAGAUGGCAGGAUCCAAGUGAAUGACCAAAUUGUGGAAGUUGAUGGCAUCAGUCUGGUUGGUGUUACUCAAAAUUUUGCUGCAACUGUUCUUAGAAACACCAAAGAGAAAGUCAGGUUUGUGAUUGGACGAGAAAAACCGGGCCAAGUGAGUGAGGUUGCGCAGCUGAUUAGCCAAACUCUAGAACAAGAACGCCGCCAGAGAGAGCUGCUGGAGCAGCAUUAUGCACAGUACGAUGCAGAUGAUGAUGAGACAGGGGAAUAUGCUACAGAUGAAGAAGAUGAAGACAUGGGACCUGUCCUUCCAGGAGGUGACAUGGCUAUUGAAGUGUUCGAUCUCCCUGAAAAUGAUGAAAUGUUCUCCCCUAGUGAUGUGGACACCAGCAAACUUGCUCAUAAGUUCAAAGAGUUGCAAAUCAAACAUGCAGUUACAGAAGCUGAAAUUCAGAAGCUGAAGACAAAGCUGCAGGCUGCUGAGAAUGAGAAGGUGAGGUGGGAAUUGGAGAAGACCCAGCUCCAGCAGAACAUUGAGGAGAAUAAGGAAAGGAUGAUGAAAUUAGAAAGUUACUGGAUUGAGGCACAAACCCUGUGUCACACGGUGAACGAGCAUCUCAAGGAGACACAAAGCCAGUAUCAGGCUCUGGAGAAGAAAUAUAACAAGGCAAAGAAAUUAAUCAAGGAUUUUCAGCAAAAAGAACUUGACUUCAUCAAACGCCAGGAAGCUGAACGAAAGAAAAUAGAAGAUCUGGAGAAAGCACACCUGGCGGAGGUUCAAGGCUUACAAGCUCGUAUACAAGACUUGGAAGCAGAAGUUUUCAGGCUAAUGAAACAAAAUGGGAGCCAGGUUAACAACAACAACAACAUUUUUGAAAGGCAAACAUCUUUUGGAGAAGUUUCUAGAGGAGAUCCGGUGGAAAAUAUAGAUACUAAGCAAGUGACCUGCCUGGAUGGCUUAAGUCAAGAUUUCAAUGAAGCAGUUCCAGAAACAGAGAGACUGGACUCCAAAGCUCUGAAGACUCGAGCUCAGCUGUCAGUGAAGAACAAGCGGCAGAGGCCUUCCAGGACCAGGCUGUACGACAGCAUCAGUUCAACUGAUGGAGAGGACAGCCUUGAACGAAAGCCAUCACACAGUUACAGUAGUCCCAUGCACAUUUCAAAAUCACCACUGCCCUUAUGCAUGAGAGCAUCCUCACCAGCAUCAGAUUCUGGUGCUUCCUCCCUCUCCCCCGUGGCUAGCAGUGCAGCAAUCUCACUUGACAACCUAACUGAAAACCAAGAAGAAGAACAGCACCACAAAGGAGGUGUCCUUUCCCCAUAUGCUCGGGGAGACACUCCACUUUCGUCUCCUUCAAAAUCUGGGCACAGCUCUGAAGCAUCUCCUUUGCAUCACCCAGCUGGCAGGAAUAUUUUACAGGAUAAAGAUGGUGCCACAUGUGCUCAGGCAGCAAGAACAGCUAGCCCUACUAUAGGGCAUACAGAAAGACUAAAGCGAAAACUUGCAGAUCUUGGGGCUCCCUUGAGAAGGAGUUCAAACAAGGGCAAGAAGCGGAAAGAGAAAGAAGUUAUUAGGGUGACCUAUGGCAGUAGGACUGUCAGAGAGAUGCUGCAGAAAUCAUCAAACACAAAAUCUUUAGCAGAGCGAUCCUCCUCUCUCCCACACUGUGUACCAUUCACAUGGUAUGGAGAGAGUGGCAAGGGAUCCAAUUCUUCUAGCAACCUGCCAUCGCCUACCAGCUCAACUGAACCCUCCUCUGAAAAUUUAAGUCCAGCUAAAAAAGGGUCAAAGAAUUUCACGUUCAACGAUGAUUUCAGUCCCAGCAGCACAAGUUCAGCUGAUUUGAGUGGUUUAGGAGCAGAACCUAAAACCCCAGGCUUCUCACACUCCUUAGCAUUGUCAUCAGAUGAGAGCCUGGAUAUGAUUGAUGAUGAGAUCCUUGACGAUGGACAAUCACCUAAGCACAGUCACUGUCAGAGUCGUGCUGUUCACGAGUGGAGCGUGCAGCAGGUUUCCCACUGGUUAAUGAGCCUGAACCUUGAACAGUAUGUUUCCGAAUUCAGUGCCCAGAACAUUAAUGGGGAGCAUCUCCUUCAACUGGAUGGGAGUAAGCUGAAGGCCCUUGGUAUGACAUCUUCCCAGGACAGAGCAAUCAUUAAAAAAAAGCUAAAGGAAAUGAAAGCAUCCUUGGAGAAGGCUCGCAAAGCUCAAGAGAAAAUGGAAAAGCAAAGGGAAAAGCUUCGGAAAAAGGAACAAGAGCAAUUGCAGAGGAGAUCGAAGAAAACAGACAAGUGUUCAUCAGAUGCAACAGAGGGCACUAAUGAGCAAUGAUUAGCAGAAGUGCUGCUGCAUUCCGAAAGUGGAGGCAUGCCAAGGGAAGAGGAACUCAUAUCCACUCUGGUGCCCCUUCAGCUUUAUUGUAGUCAUCACCCAAGAUUGUGUACAGAGAAAUGGGGCUAUGCAUAGAAUGACUAGGGAAAUUUAUAUUGUGUAGUUUUCUUUUCCCACAUAUCCAGUUCACGCUUGUUGCUGUUGCCAUGUGAAACAACCCCAGCCCUUCGGUUUGUUCUGUUCUUGUUGACAGCUAACAGAUUUCAUAUUUGUGUGGUGGUGUUUCCUUCCAAACUACUCUUCUCUAUUGAGCUGUGUGUGUUUGGUCACUUCAGUAACCAGCAUGAUGCCGAGGAGCAUGGUCCACUGCUUCACCUCUUCUGAACAGGAUGGCCAGUCAAUAUGAUUGGUGAACAUUUCUUCAGCUGGGUAAAAGGAGUUGUGCUCUGUCUGAUAAGACUUGACUUCACUUUCUAACUGGAAGUUCACCUUCUUUAUGGUGUUUGGAUACUCAGUUCCAUCUGCUGGAGUAAGUUUCAUGUUGUGUCAGUACCUUUAAGCGACACUGCUCUGGAAACACAACUGUUCAGUGACUUCUUCUUAUACACUGGAGAUAAAGACAGGAGAGUCAAUAUUCCCCCUGGGUAAAAGGCAGGAGGUGAAACUCUUUCUGUUAACUGUACAAUAGUUAAUCCAGGAAGGAGGCAAAACCUUAAAUGGUUAUGUGGGUUUACACAGAAAUCUGAGGAUAACAUUUAUCCUUUAGAUAUCUGAGCAAGGAUAAAUUUCUAACUAGAGCACAGCGUAUAUAUCUGUAUAAAUUUCAUUGUGCUCCCAGUGUGUAGGCAACUUUCUUAUAGCACAUUCUGCUUUCUUUUUCAUGUGUUUUGAACAGAAAACUAGGUUUAUUUUGUUUUGAGGUUUUUGGUUUUGUUUUUUUCUAGGAAAAACACCACAUCUUCAGAUUCAUUCUCCAAUAAGCAUUGGGAGAAUAAGCUUUGUGCUGUGCUAUCAUGAAGCUGUUGUUGGAAACAACUUGAGUCUGCUAAAGAUUUCCAUUUUUUGCAGAACUGCACUUUAAAAAGAGGAAGACGAGUGAUUCUGGUUAAAAUUAAGUUCAGUACAUUGCUUUUAAGGUCAGUGCUGCCAUGGAGGUGAUGGUUACUAAGCCCAAAAGCUCCCACAUUUUAACUGCUUUGAUUGAUGUGUUUAAAGAAUAUCCCCACCAAAACCUGCAUUUUUGGGCGUUGGCUGUAGAAUGUUGGCUUAGCAGUGGUCAUAUCUUUCAGAGAUUCCUGUGGUGCGUGAGGCCAUCAAUGAACCCUGCUUUGUAGUUUUGACUAUGACAAACAGAAGCAGUGUAGGGUGUUACUGCCCCUUAAGAGCAGCAUUAAACUAUACAGUAUUUCUUCAAAAAAAUGGGGAGACAACAGGCAAAUGUCCACAAUGAGAACCUAGGAGGUAUUAGCUUUAUGGUUGAAGCUAACUAUGGAGCAGUUGAGAAGCACCUCUUCCCAUUCAUGCAUGCUGGAAGUGGCAGUCUUCAUCUCGUCGUGCCAACCAUAUUGAUUUAGAUGGUGAUGCAAAGUUAGAAUCUUGAACUUAAAAAAGAUGCCAGCCUGAAACUGCAAAUACUGAAUUCUUUUGAAGAAAAUGUCUGUUUUAGUUUGGCUUGGCUUCUCUUCUGCUCUGUACUUUGUGGCAUUCAGAUUUGUUUCUGCAAAGUUCUCUGAAGCUCAGGUUUGAAACACGUGGGGUGCACUGCUUACAGUUACAAUUCUUUUGAUUCUAAUAAUUUCUUUGACAUAGAAAAUGGUCUAUAAACUGAGAAAGUAUAGUUCAUUCAAAAGUAAUGCACAGCAUAUCUACUUAGCAUUAGCUUUUUUUUUUCCCUUCCAAAUCCAAUUUCUACAGGUUUUUGAUGUAUAUUUUAUUCACCUCUAAAACUGAAAUUGCCAUAAAAGAUACUUUCUGAUAUUUCUAAAGGCUUGUGAUAUUUUUCUUGACAUAGACCACUGGCAGAAAAAUACACCUGCUAACAAAAAUUACACAUUGCAGUAAAUCUUGCCAUGCUCUUUAUAGGAGAAAAAUUAUACAAAUGUGUAAUAGCCUCAUAAAACUAGCAUUCUUUGAGUAAGAGAAGUUAUCUGGAAGAAACUGGAAAUUUAAUCUUUUAAAUACAAUGUUGAUAAAUGCAUUUGAUGAUGAUUUUCUUUUAAAAUUAUGUUUACACUGUAGUAAUGUUUAAGUGGUUGUAUAUAGUAAUCUAAGGUGGUGUCCCCGUUUUAUGUUCUUUGUUUUCUUAGAAACCUGAGCAGACUGCUUGACUGAGCUUUCAUUCUUGCUGCUUAGAACAGUGCCUAGUUAAUCUCUUUGUAAAUUGUGUUCUUAUUCUGCAGAAUAACUAAUUCAACUUAAGUCCUUUAAGUAUUCAUGGGAUUUUUACUGCUUUGUGAUGAUGUCAUUUUGUUAUUCUCAGACUA